GUGUCGGUGUCGGUUCGAUUUUGCAACUGCGUGUUUUCUUUUUCUCGAGCAGCACACAACUUUUCAUUUCCCAUUUCGUUUCGUGCCUCACGUCGGAAUGAAAAAAUAGGCCACCGUCAGCAGCAGCAAUCACGGUAGAGAUUAUUGUUUUUAUUUCGUGUCACCUGGAACCCUGGUCGUGCGGGGUGUUCUAUUUUCCGAAAAGGUUUUCAACUUGUUGGAAUUAUUGUUCAAGUUGUGCUGUGGAUUUUGCUGAGCUGUCAUAUUUACGAUCGCGAAAACAAACGUAGUUCGAUUAUCGGGCGAGAGCAUCGAUUGAAAUGUCGUACCGGAUAUUACGGAAGCUGCAGGGCAAUGAACUGGAAAUCAAAGAACAAAUCGACGAGGUUUCCGAUGGCGCGGAUGCUGAUUACGACACCAACAGCAUCGGGAGCCAGGGAAGGAAGAAAAUCAACAUCAAUCGAUUUGACUUGCUAAACCAGCAACAAUCGUUAUCGGAAAGUGAAGUAAAAGAAGAUGAUAAUGACGAAACGGAGCGGGAUGCAGGAGGCCACAACCCGAACCUAGUGGAGAUUAAGAAGAAGAAGAAAAAGAAGAAGAAGCGUACCGGCAAGUAUAUGUCCAGCUCGGCUCGGCGCAGCAGCGAGGACAACGCCGACUUCGACGACGAUUUCUCCAAAACGGUCAAGGAGGUGGACAAGCUGUUUGGAGGUGAUCGUGAACGUUCCGAGAAUAGCAAUGCUGUGGCUAACAGCGCUUCUGGACGUGGUGCCGGAGGGUUGGGAAAAUCGUUGCUAUCUGUUCAGCACAAAAACUUGAACUCCCAAUACGAAAUGAAACGAAUGUUUGGCAGUAAAGUUGUUGCUGAUCAACAGAACAAACGUCGCAAUAAUCGGGGCGCUCCGAGGAUUCUCAAAUCCACCUAUUUGGUCAACCCAAAGGAUAACUGGCCACCGGUGGGCAAGUCUGGAAUCUACAUGAACUUGGUUCAAGCUCCAGAGCAGUCGGUUGGCGGAAGCACUCAAGGAUCCUGGACAGGAAUGGACAAAAAUGCUGUUUAUUUUGCCUUCGAGCACAGUCCAUCGUAUCGCCAAGUACAACAAAAAUUCCUGCAUGCCGUUGAAAGCAUGGAUUCCGAUAAUAUCAUCAAGAUUAUAAAUCAACAUCCCUAUCACGUGGACUCAUUGAUUCAGCUAAGCGAACUGUGCAAAAUGUCCGAGGAUCAUGCCAUGGCGUCAGAUCUGAUUGAACAUGCCAUCUUUGCGCUGGAAUCUUCUUUCCAUACAAUGUUUAGUCUGACUCAAGGUACUUGUCGAUUGGACUACCGUCGACAGGAGAAUCGCGCCCUUUUUAUUACGCUCUUCAAACAUUCCCAAUAUCUGGAGUUGAGAGCGUGUUCGCGAACCGCCUUGGAAAUCGCCAAACUCAUCCUGACCUUCGAUCCUGUUGGGGAUCCACUUGCCGUUAUUCUAUUGAUCGAUUUCUAUGCUAUCCGAGCAAAGCAGUACGAGUGGUUCGUGCAGCUAUAUGAUGAAUGGGAAUCCACGAACAAUUUUUCGCAACUUCCCAAUAUGGCUUACUCCUACGCUCUUUCUUUGUUCUAUCUAAAGCGAAUGGAUGCCGCUGAUGCUGCUUUGCAGUACGCUCUGCUCAUGUUCCCAGCCGUACUACGGAAAUUGCUUGAUGAAUUGUCGAUCCAACCGGAUUCUCGAGUUGCUGGUCAUAGCUUUUUCAGUUAUAAUUCUUAUGAUAAAGCUACUAUUGCGCUGCAACAGCUUGUUUCGCUGUACAUUUGUCGAUCAAAAUUGGUCUGGCGAGAUACGGAAAUUCUUCCGUGGCUGGAGCGUAAUGUACAAGUCGUAUUGGACCGAGUCGACGCCAAAGACGACAUCGUGACUGAAUAUACGGCGAAGCGAAAUCAGCGAUACAUGAAUCCCCCUCGAGCGAUACUGCGACAUAUCGUUUUGUCUGAUUUCAAAGAAAAGGUGCCUUUGGCACAGUUUAUCAAAAAGGAAACGGAUCCUGUGCUGAUGUAUGAUCCUUUACCUCCACUGGAUACGAUCAGCAUCUACAGUCGGCCGACAAUUAGUCCUACCACACGAACCAUGAUUGACGCUUCACCACUAUCGAUGUUUUUCCAAUCGCUUCUACCGAGCUUCAGCCUGCAACAGGGGCAACAAGUGGCCGGAGUUGCAGAUGCCAAUCAACAACGGGCAGCUGCCGCUAACCGGGAAGCCGGUGAAGGGCCGGCUGCCGGAGCUGUGGGUGCGGCCGCUGAUGGAGCUAUUGCUGGCCUGCAGGCUUAUACCAAUUCUUUGAAUUCCAUUGUCGAUGCCAUGCGAGACUUCCUGUCCGAUAUAAGAGUUCUGGAACGACCGAACGAUGCCGACGUGGACGACGACGAGAGCACCGAUGACGACGAACCGAAUAACUAUCUGACGUAGAGUGCUCCGUAGAUUUUGUGGUAAGUAGUCCCUCAAUCAAUUUCUAUUAACUACAUACGCAAUCAGAACACCCACGUUCAAUUUUGCCAAGAAAGAAAUGUGAUUUUCAAUAGCACUUAUCAUCACACACGAGCAAACUACAAAGUUAAAACACUGACUUGAGUCAGUGGUGAACGGGUGACACAUAGUCAUGUUCCUUCAAUGCAUAUUUUGGUAGUCAAAAUUUUCGUUCAUACUCACUUGUUGACUUAAACGUGUUUAUUUUGUGUAGUAGGUACAUAUCAUGUUUCGAUUCCAAAGGAUAAUAAAUAUAAUAUACCAACGGUUUGUGAUACGAAAAAUUCAUUUUAUAAACUGUUGCUUCAUGAAUGCAGAAUGCUUUUCCUCGUCAGUGACACACAGCAUCUACGUGAGUGUUACAAAAAGUCACAUAAAACGAUCACACUCCAAAUAGCAGUGUCCAGUAACCUUACACGUUUAAAUACAUAAUCAAACUUAUUUUCCUUCUUAGACAAUUUUCGUCAAAUUUAUCGCAAAUAAAAGUUAUCAAUAUACAACAAAUUGCUGUUUCAGAAAAAAAAAUCGCUAAGAACAUGUUAUUUAAGGAAACCAAUGCAUAUAACACCCAAAUAUUUCAUAUACUCUGAGCAGUCUUACACAGGCUUUUGAUAUGCAAAACAAGAUGAUACAUAAAAAGUAAUGUUAUAUUUCGCAAGGCAUGUAAAUUCUAACGAUUGGAUUGAAAUCUAUUUAUUGAUACACUUGUUCUGAUAUUCAGCUUAAAACAAUAAUACACAUGAAUAUUUUAUCAACCAAUGGAAAGGAAAUAACAAGAUUAUUGUUUUAUGUGGCAAAUACCUAUAAACAACCUACGGUGUAAUUCAAAAGGAAAUGGAAAAACCCUACACAAAUAAGGCUGGAACAAAUAUCAAUUUCUUCUUUUGUCUCCCCCCCCUUCGAAAUUUCCAAAAACCCGAAGGGGGAAAUAAAUAAAGUUUUUAGUAUUUCAUGGAAAUUUUGAUAAAAAAUUCAAGUAUCCGAAAGAUUACAAGACCAAAAAAGAAAUUUAGGAAGAUUGAAGUAAUUUCACCAUGUGUAUUCUUGAUUUUAUUGAAUUUUUCAAUAAAAAAAUUUCAUUAUUUUAUAAGUUUUGUGCAAUGAUAUAGCAUGCAAUUUUUUUCAUGCAAGAUUUUUUGCAAUUUAUUCCAAUUUAUUUGUUUUUCGCAUUAUUUUUUAUUGUCCCCCCCCUCGCGAUAUUCCAACUCUGAGUGACAAAAGAAGGAUUUGAAAUUUGUUCCGGCCUAAUUAUUAAAAAUAAAAUAAAAUCAUUCACACUCUAUAAAA